CUUGCUCCAUCUGUACAAGCCCAGCUCACGAGUGCCGGAUGAGCUGCUGUACGGGCGCAUGGGCUAUCUCUAUGCUCUGAUGUUUGUGAACAAGCACUUUGGACAGGAAAAGAUCCCUCAAAGCCACAUUCAGCAGGUCUGUGAAGCAGUUAUAGCCUCAGGAGAGAGCUUGGCCAAAAGGAGGAACUUCACAGCAAAGACCCCACUGAUGUAUGAGUGGUACCAGGAGUACUAUGUAGGGGCAGCCCAUGGUUUGGCUGGGAUUUACUAUUAUCUCAUGCAGCCUAGCCUUGGAGUGAGCCAGGUAAAACUGCACAGCACAGUCAAACCCAGCGUGGACUAUGUCUGCCAGCUCAAAUUCCCAUCUGGCAAUUACCCUCCGUGCAUCAAUGAUGACAGAGACCUGCUCGUCCACUGGUGCCAUGGGGCACCAGGUGUUAUCUACAUGCUCCUCCAGGCCUACAAGGUCUUUGGGGAACAGCAGUACCUAAAUGAUGCCCUGCAGUGUGCAGAGGUGAUCUGGCAGCAUGGGUUACUGAGGAAAGGCUACGGGCUGUGCCACGGGGCAGCCGGCAAUGCCUACGGCUUCCUAGCGCUGUACAACCUCACGCAGGACAUGAAAUACCUGUACAGGGCCUGCAAGUUUGCAGAGUGGUGCUUAAGCUAUGGCCAGCACGGGUGCCGGACUCCAGACACGCCGUUCUCUCUCUUUGAAGGAAUGGCUGGGACAAUUUACUUCCUCGCUGACCUGCUGGUGCCACCCAAGGCCAAGUUCCCUGCGUUUGAACUCUAAGUCUGAGCUGGGCAGUUUCCUGCCCGAAUCCUCUGCACUUGGAAAAGCAGUUCAGUGCCGCUUUCUCCUUCCUCCAGACUCGUCGUUGUUCACAUAACUGAACGUAAACCCAUCCUCCCAAGGGCAUGCUGAGUCCUCUAAUGUUUCUAGGCAUCUCAUUGCAUUGUUUCAGUUUAAAAGACAGAAUGCAGAUUUUGCUGGUAUCUCAAAUUCAGGGCUGCAGGUAGGAGCAGGGAGAAAAUGUACAGUAUUUUGUUGCCUGUAGAGUUUCUAUUUUCUGUAUCCCAUCUCCUGGGAGAGUUUUCUAAUGAAU